UGCAAGCAUGAAGGAAUAGAGCCAAGGCUACAAGAAAUCCAGCUCUUGAGGCGGAGUUGUCGACUCAAUCUGCUAAAACCCCCAACUACUAAAACCUCGAUUGCAUCGAACCCUACGCCGUUUUCUUCAAAUCUCCUCCUUCCCACACUCUCGUUCCUCCCAUAUCUGUCUUCUACGGAGAGUGCCUCUAUCAAGAUUGGAUUUUUCACGCUCACUUCUGAGCAAAUUAACUGAUUCGCUUGAUCUGAAAAUGGACUCCGCGGCCAUGACAUUUUGCAGCAAUUCAGUUUGCUCGCACCCCAGUUUAUUCAUGGAGGCUACGCCUGGAAUCAGGAGCUCCCAGUGUAGCUUCAUGACAGGGAAUAGGUUUAAUUUCCUUCGUCAGAGGGUCCAGGCUUCUCGAGCUGGUACUAAAUUUGGAAAGCGUGGUGGCGCGCUUGCUGCCACAUGCCGUGAUGAUAAAAUUCUGGUGGCUAACAGAGGAGAGAUUGCUGUUCGUGUCAUUCGGACAGCCCAUGAAAUGGGAAUCCCUUGUGUAGCGGUUUACUCAACAAUCGAUAAAGAUGCUCUUCAUGUGAAACUUGCUGAUGAGUCUGUAUGCAUUGGAGAAGCACCAAGCAGUCAAUCGUACUUGGUAAUUCCGAAUGUCUUAUCUGCUGCAAUCAGCCGUGAUUGUACCAUGCUUCAUCCUGGAUAUGGGUUCCUUUCUGAGAAUGCUGUUUUUGUUGACAUGUGCCGAGAGCAUGGGAUCAACUUUAUUGGGCCAAAUCCUGACAGCAUUCGGGUGAUGGGUGACAAAUCAACAGCUAGAGAAACAAUGAAGAAUGCUGGAGUUCCGACUGUCCCUGGAAGUGAUGGUUUGUUACAGAGUACUGAAGAAGCAAUUAAACUUGCUGAUGAGAUCGGUUACCCUGUCAUGAUAAAGGCAACAGCAGGUGGUGGAGGACGUGGAAUGCGCCUUGCAAAAGAGCGUGAUGAGUUUGUGAAGUUGAUGCAGCAAGCUAAAAGCGAGGCUGCAGCUGCAUUUGGUAAUGAUGGUGUAUACCUUGAGAAAUAUAUCCAAAAUCCAAGGCAUAUUGAGUUCCAGGUUUUGGCUGACAAAUACGGUAAUGUCGUACACUUUGGGGAGCGUGAUUGUAGCAUUCAGAGGAGAAACCAGAAAUUGCUAGAAGAAGCACCUUCACCUGCAUUGACACCGGAACUUCGGAAAGCCAUGGGUGAUGCGGCAGUUGCAGCAGCUGCAUCCAUAGGCUACAUAGGCGUCGGUACAGUUGAAUUCCUCUUGGAUGAAAGAGGCUCAUUUUACUUCAUGGAGAUGAACACUAGGAUCCAGGUUGAGCACCCUGUUACUGAAAUGAUAUCCUCUGUCGACCUAAUUGAAGAACAGAUUAGUGUAGCACGGGGUGAGAAGCUCCGUUACACACAGGAUGACAUUGUGCUCCGAGGACACUCAAUAGAAUGCCGUAUUAAUGCAGAAGACGCUUUCAAAAAUUUCAGACCGGGACCAGGGAGAAUAACUACUUAUUUACCGGCUGGAGGUCCGUUUGUGCGAAUGGACAGCCAUGUUUACCCAGAUUAUGUGGUUCCACCGAGCUAUGAUUCUCUUCUUGGAAAGCUUAUUGUCUGGGGUCCAACGAGGGAAAGGGCAAUUGAGCGCAUGAAAAGGGCUCUUAAUGACACCAUUAUUACAGGUGUUCCAACAACGAUCGAUUACCAUAAGCUCAUCCUAGAAGUCGAGGACUUCAAAACUGGCAAGGUGGACACUGCUUUUAUCCCAAAACACGAAGAAGAGCUCGCUGCGCCGCUGGCGGAUGAACCUGGUACGAGCCGGAACGAGUUGAUCAAUGCGGCCUAAACUAUGCUGUGUGGACCCAUGCUCAUGUUCUCAAAUGUAUGAAUGGAUUUUUGUUUCUAUUUUUCUUUUCAUUACAUUGUCAAAUGAGCUUCACAUACCAAUAAUUAGUUUGCUUUUUGGUAGAAGCAUAACUGCCGCCCCUUUGAACAAGAUGGCUGCAAUACAAAAUAUUUAUUGUUUC